UGUUGGACAUGCAGGCAAGUUAACGGUGUUUCAUCAUAAAAGCCUGCUUUGUUAGCCUGCUAGCUAGAUUUCGUUAGCACUAGCUUUCUACCCUAGAUAAGCCAGACACUGCUGAUUAAAGAGCACGUAUAGUGCAGCCUAGUGACAAACUUUCGCCUCCUUUGAAGAAAACGAUUCUGUAAUAUCCAAUAUUAUGUCAAAAAAGCAACAACGGUGGUGUUUAUCCAGCAAACUCUGACAAGCACCAUCUGCAAAACAAAUUUCCAACGCGGAUGUGGUGUGGUUACAAGGAGGUCACUGAUUGGGUAGAUAGGCGACGUCGAAAACGCCAUACCGGAAGUUUGUUUUAGCUAUAGCUGGACCGUCGGAGCAUCUUUUGCAGCAGCAUCACCAUCAAUUUAGCUAUCCUGACACUAAAUAUGCCAAGAGCUGAGGGGAAAUUCACUGUACUAAUUCAGGGCUGGGCCAUGUGGUGAUGCCAUGCAGAGGAGACACAGCAGCAACACGGAUGGCAUGCCCUCUGAAAGGCGGGAAGAAUAGCUCCUAGAAACCUUUAAUUAGUGUAUUUUUAUUUGACAAAUAAACAGCCAAAAGCAUGUUGCCCCCCCCAGUUUUUUUUCUUUAAUCGUUUUGGCAAGGCCUCUUAGUUCCAGUCAAAGACAAUCAAAAUAAUCAUGCUUACAAAGAUAUAGUAGACAAUGGAGCCGAAGCCAAACUCUGGGAUCAGACAGCAGCCUGGAUGAGGGUGGUGUUUUUGACUGCCUGAAGCCCGACUCACCCGCUUCCCCCCAGCAGAUCUUCUCCGGCCUGGUGGGUGUCCCCUCCAGCUCUGUCUCCUCUGCCCAAUUCCAGGCAGCCGGCUUAGUCCUGGGCUCUCCCCCUGAAGUUUUUAUCCAGAUGACUGCCUCGUCUAGAGAAGAAGGAGGCCCCCACCGCACAGAGGGUGGACCUUUCCUCCCUCGACCACCUCCACACCACCACCAUCACCACCACCACCACCACCCCUACCACCACCAGCCCCUGCAGCACAGGACCUCCUCUCUGCUCCAGCAGGCCACCACAGCUGCCGGCUCAGAGAGGCACAGCUCCAGGGAGGAGGCGCAGGAAGACCCGUCCACCCCGGCCCCGGCACUCUCUGAGUUAAAGGCAGUGGUCACAUGGCUGCAGAGAGGCUUCCCCUUCAUCCUCAUUCUGCUGGCUAAAGUCUGCUUCCAGCAUAAGCUAGGUAUUGCUGUGUGUGUGGGAAUGGCCAGCACAUUCGCCUAUGCCAAUUCCACUUUUAGGCACCAAGUUUCAUUACGGGCGGAACGCUCUGUAUUUGUUGCUCUGUGGAUCAUCAUGUUCCUUGCAGGGAAUAUAAUGUACAUCUAUUACACAUUCAAUCAAGAGGAGCUGCACCUCAGCCUCAUAUUUGCCAAGCCCAACCUGAGCAGCUUUGAGUUUUUUGAUCUGAUCUGGGCCGUGGGCAUCACUGACUUUGUCCUCAAGUACUUCACCAUUGGCCUGAAAUGCUUGGUCCUCUUUUUGCCCAAGAUUCUCCUGGCCUUCAAAUCAAGGGGUAAGUUCUACCUGCUGAUUGAGGAGCUGAGCCAGCUGUUUCGGGCCCUGGUCCCCAUCCAGCUGUGGUACAAGUACAUCAUGGGAGAAGACCCGUCAAACAGCUACUUCCUGGGAGCCACACUCAUCAUCAUCUACAGUCUCUGCAAGUCCUUUGACAUCUGUGGACGUGUGUCCGCCAUACGCAAGGCCUUCGUCAUGCUCUGCAGCUCCCAGAAUUAUGGCGUUAGGGCGGGCAGUCAGCAGUGCAGCGAGGCGGGGGAUGUCUGUGCGAUUUGUCAAGCAGAUUUCAGAGACCCCAUAUCCCUUCUCUGUCAGCACGUAUUCUGCGAGGAGUGCCUCUGCUUGUGGUUUGACCGGGAGAGAACAUGUCCGCUGUGUCGCUCCACCGUCAUUGAGACCCUGCGCUGCUGGAAGGACGGCACGACGUCGGCUCACUUCCAGAUCUACUGAGCUCUGACCCGCGCAAACUGAGAGAUAAUAUGGUGCUGCGAUGCGAGUUUGACAAUGCCGGGUCAUCUUUUGUCUUAUCAUCUUAGGGCACUGACUCUUUAAGUCAGGUUAGGCCUAACUGCAGUAACACAUCACAUAGGGAACAUUAGUUUUGAAGCCAUUUUGAAAAGACCGCAACAGAUUUUGAACACAUUAUUUUCAGUGAGAUGGGUUGAGCAUCUAAUGAAGCUGGAAUCAGGAGGGACAUGCACAAACCAAAUUAUCAACAUCACUUAAGAGAAACGCAAAGCUACGACAAUUGUUAGUUUCACCAUUUGACCAUUGUUAUAUCACAAUGAACACAGGCUUAGAAACUUUUGUUUACUGUGAUCAUCAUAUUUCACUAAAACCAUGAUUGUAACAAGAAUAUUCAUUUGGUUUAGUGUGGUGAUAAUGUAAAUGUUCACAGUAUUCAUGCUGUAUUUGUUGUAAUUGUACCACUUUUCUAUAUUUUAUGAUUUUGUCAUAUAUACAUACAGUCUUUACUACCCUUUUUUUCAAAAACUAUUUAAUGUAAUUUGAUUUGGUUUCUAGUUUUGCAAUAGUUCAAAUAAAACAAAUAGGAUAUUUGACCUUGAACAGAAACAUAAUGAUUGUGGAGAAAAUAAGUUUGAGCUUUUGUCCUGACUGUAGGUGAAAACAGACUCUUGGUAAGCAAAUGAUAAGGUUAUUCAGACUUUUAAAUGUAAGGUGGUGCGUGGCUGUUAGCUAACCAUACUUUAAAUAGUGUAAUUGUUUAUGGUACAAGCACUACAAGGAAAUCAUGACGUUAAGUGAAUGCGUAUUAACUGUGAUGAAGUCAGUAGUAUUUGACUUCUUAUACAUUUUCAUAUCCGUUGAGACCCCAUGUCUGAUAAUCUUGGCCAAAUCUUUGCCAACUUUCAUUUUAAUUCUCUCUGAAUGUUGUUAUUUUGAAUCCUUACAUUUAGAACAAUUCAUCCUUGGGUUGCAUUAUAUACCAAACGCCCACUGCAGGUUUUUGAGUUUUAAAUUAAAGCACUUUAGCUUA